AUGUUGAACGACCUGGCCAACUUCGAGGCCGCCGCCGUGGCCGCGCCGGCGGAGUACCGUAGGUUCACCUUCCGCGACCUGUACAUGCGCCGCACCUACCGGGGGCCAGGCGCCAACCAGGUCGUCGUCGUCAACCAGAGCGGUGGCGCCGCCGCAGGCAACUGCUACGGGCUUGGCGCCACGGUCGUCCACAACUGGGCGAUCUACGACGGGCCCGGGCCUGAGGCGAAGCUCGUGGCCCGCGCACGGGGUCUGCACAUCGACACCACCGGGGCUGGCCUCUUCUACAACACUUUCUGCUUGAUGUUCGAGCAUGGAAGGUUUAAGGGAUCCACACUUCAGGCAAUGGGUGUAGCACCAAACUUGGAUGACGAAUACUCAAUUGUUGGUGGAUCCGGAGAGUUUGCUCUCGCAAACGGCGUCGUCAACAGGGUAGUGUACAGUAGGGAGGGCAACACGGACAUCGACAGGCUUACCGUCAAAGGAUUCAUCCCGAUCAUGAGAGAUUUACAUUGGAUAGAUGAGACAGCAAUCCACCUAUUGAAGGACCUCAAACUUGUUCGUGACUUUGGGGUGUAA